UGAAAAGCUCCGCUCUGUUUCAAUGAAGCAUUUCUCCACUCUUGAGCUAUAAUUAUGUCCUGAGCCGAAGACAAACACCAGUCAUGCCUUACAUAGCACACAUCUCCCUCCUCGUCCGCUCUUACGACGAAGCCAUUGUCUUCUACACGCGUCUUGGCUUCACCGUUGUGGAAGAUACAUUCAUCCCCUCACAAUCCAAACGCUGGGUUGUGAUACGUCCUCCUCAAACCCCUCCCCAAUCUCGAUCCCAAACACCGUCUCAAACUUCUUCCCCUUCCUCCUCCUCACAAACCACUAUCCUCCUCGCCCAAGCCAGCACCCCUGAACAAGAAGCCUUCAUCGGAAACCAGAGUGGUGGACGAGUAUUCCUGUUUCUUGCAACGGAUGAUUUUGAGAGAGACUACAAGAAAUUCUGUGAAUUGGGUGUCGAGUGGAUUAGGGAGCCAAAGGUUGAAUCAUAUGGCAAGGUGGCUGUUUGGAAAGAUUUGUAUGGAAAUUUGUGGGAUUUAAUUGAGUAUUCUUGAAUGACAGGAGGGUUGUGAUAUUCCUUGCGUCAUCAAGAGGUCUUAGUCGACUUGGAUACAACUAGUCUUUUACAUACUUUCAAAAUUUUGAUUUCUCUUGACAGUAAACUCCAAAUCGCAAACGCUGGAGACAUUUGGU